UUUACGGCAGAUGUUGGUGCGCAGGUACGUAAUCUGUGCACUCAAAAAAGUUUGCAGACGUGAAAGUGGGGAGGGCGAGUAGAUGUUGUUAGAUCAUUGAUGUUUUUCUCUUGAUUAAUUCGACAUGUGGUCAUUCUUCUCGAGAGAUCCUACAGCUAACUUCGCGUUUGAAAUCGGGGAUGUGGUGACGGGGCUAGAGGAGAAGUCUAUCUGGACCCUACACAAGGGAAAACGGAAGGCUAAUGGGGAACCAGUCUCAGUUUUCGUGUUUGACGUUAAGGACUAUAAUGAGACCCAGAUGCAGACAGCCAGAACCUCGCUGAAAAGACUCAAAACACUUCGUCAUCCCAAUGUUGUUACCUAUGUUGACAGUUUAGAGACAGACAAGACAGUGUAUGUGGUCACUGAACCAGUGGUUCCCUUGGUAACAUAUAUAGCUGAGCAAAAACCCAAUGAACUGGUCAUCUCAUGGGGUUUGCACCAAAUAGUGAAAGCCUUGAGCUUCUUUGUGAAUGAUGUGAAUCUGAUCCACAACAACGUGUGCAGUGCCUCCGUGUUCGUGGACCCUGGUGGGGAAUGGAAGCUGGGCGGCGUGGACUACAUGUACCCAGCCACGGGGGAGGGCAGCAUCCCUCCUGUGAAAGUCCUACCUGCACUGGAGAGGUACGACCCACCGGAGAAGAAUGACCUGAGCAGAGGGAGGAAGGCUGAGAAAUGGUCCUCUGACAUGUGGGGUCUGGGCUGUCUGAUCUGGGAAGUCUUCAAUGGACCUUUGCCGAGAACUUCAGCACUUAAAGCACUGGGGAAGGUUGGAACUGAUGGAAAAAGUCAAGAAGGGAUCCCAAAGUCCCUGGUGCCCAACUACUGUGAGUUAGUCGGUGCCAACCCUAAAGUUCGUCCCAACCCUGCCAACUUCAUCCAGUCCUGUAGGAAACCAGGUGGCUUCAUGAAGAACAGUUUUGUGGAUACUAACCUGUUCCUGGAGGAACAACAGAUCAAGGAUCAGAAUGAGAAGACGAAGUUCUUCAGUGAGCUGACUCCCAAGCUGGAUGACUUCCCAGACAACUUCUGUAAACACAAGAUCUUGCCACAGUUACUGAAUGCAUAUGAGUUUGGCAAUGCUGGCCCUUCUGUGUUGGCACCUCUAUUCAAACUUGGAAGACUCCUUGAUCAAGAAGACUACCAGAAGAAAAUAGUCCCAUGUGUGGUGAAGCUCUUCUCAUCUACUGAUAGGUCAACAAGAAUCAAACUUCUAACGCAGAUGGACUUGUUCAUCGAGCACUUACAGCCCGCUACAAUCAAUGACCAGAUCUUCCCUCCGAUUGUUCAUGGCUUCAUGGACACCAACCCUGCCAUCAGGGAACAAACAGUCAAGGCUAUGCUGCUGAUGGCUCCCAAACUGAAUGACAAGAACCUGAAUACAGAACUGAUGAAGCAUUUUGCCAGACUUCAGUCCAAGGAUGAUCAGGGUGGCAUCAGAACAAACACAACUGUGUGCCUGGGGAAGAUUGCAUGUCAUCUCAACCCACAGACAAGACAGAAGGUGCUUGGUUCAGCCUUUACGCGGGCCAUGAAGGACCCGUUCCCCCCAGCCAGAAUAGCGGGUGUGAUGGCCAUGGCUGCCAACCAGAAGUACUUCCCUCUGAAGGAUGCUGCCACCAAGGCUCUCCCUACCCUCUGUACACUCACGGUCGACCCAGAGAAGGGAGUUAGGGACCAGGCCAUUAAAGCCAUCAGAUGUUUUGUUGACAGCUUGGAAAAAGUUUCGGAGGACCCAGAAAUGUUGGCAAAAUUAGAGAGUGAAGUGAACAGCCCAGGUACCACAGACAGCAGUGCAAGUGGCUGGACAGGAUGGGCUGUCACCGGGGUGAGCUCGCUCACAUCUAAGCUGUACAGGGGAGGCAACAAGCCAGCUCCAACAGCACCGGGCACACAGCAGCCACCUGCAAAGGCACCCAGUGCAGAGCCAGCACCCAGCCAGCCAGCCAACGCCCCAGUAAGCACCAGGCAAGAGCCUCAGGUAGAAGUAGAGGAGGAGGAGAGGGACUCUGAUGAUGGAGGAGGAUGGGACAAUGAUACAGAAGAUUGGGGCAGCAUGGAGGACUUCUCAGCCCCCAAACCCAGGGAGCCUGUGCAGAGAUCUCCGCAGCUGUCCAGACCAGGAAGUACCGCUGUACAGUCAGGCCCUGCAGACCCUGAAGACGAGAUCUGGGCUGAACUCAAGGGGACAAAACAAGCUCAGAACACCAUGGAGGAUGACUUUGGUACAGAAGAGGCUGAAGGCUGGGGAGAUGAUGAUGCUUGGGAGGACUUUGAUGUACCCAAAAAGGCAUCGGCCCCAUCCAACAACCCGCCAAAACUGGUCUCCUCCAAUGCCUGGGAUAAUGAAGACUGGGGAGAUGACAUUACUACAUCCUCAGCCUUACCUCCUGCUAGCUCCUACAACUGGGGUGGCAGUGGUGGGAAUGAUCCUUUCUCAGCAAGCUCUGAUACCAAGUCAGCCAAAUCCACCAGUGUUUUAAGAAGUUCUUCUAGAAAACAGGACGACUGGGGUGAGGUGGACAAUAGCUGGGACUCGUGGGACAGUGCUGGAAGUAGCCAAAGUAAAGGUAAAGAUGAUGCCAGAAGACAACGGGAAGAGAAGCAGCAGCAAAGACGACAAGAGAUGGAGAGAAAACGUGCCGAGAAGAAGUCUGGCAAAGGAGCCAUGAAGCUUGGAGCCAAGAAAGUCGCUGUGGAUUAGAUGUCCUUAGGUCAUAUCACAUCAACUGUUUACAAUUUUAGUUUUAACAUUGUGGGACUGAUAAAUCAGGUGGGGCGGGUACAUCAAAAGCACUGGGACAAAUGCUUGACAACGGUACAUCAUAUACUUUCCAUAGACAAGAAAAUUUGAUGAUGACUCCAGGAAUGUUGCUUAGAACAGAAUCAUGUCUUGACCGAACACCUCAUAACAAACCUUUCCAUUCCACAUACUGGUAAACAGAAAUUUGAGGCAACUGGCUUCUCUGGAAUACAUAUAGACUACAAUAACAUUGCAGAAAUGGCCAGAUGUAGUGCAAAAGCAUAUAUUCUGUACAGUGUGUAAUGUAAAAGUACUAUGAGCCAUUUAUUUGUAAAUCUCAAAUAUUUUAAACGUAGAUAGGAAUUAAUCAAUGGAAGAUGUGAAAAAGAUGUAAGAUGAUAAAAUUGUACCUUCUUCGGCUUCGUCUUAGUUGUAUUCAUGAUCAAUCAUACUCCACUAUAGCAAAUAUUCGGACAACUUUCUUAGGAUCUACAAAUGUUAGUCUUCCUUGUUUUGUCAUGAAAUCAUUAAUUUUAAAUGUGCAAGGCAUUGAUAUAUACCAAGUCAAAAGUAAGGUUAGGUACCAUGAUGUAUGUGUUCUAUUGCUGGUACAAUAGCACAAUGCUUUUGCGAUUGUCUGUCAGGUAACUAAUAUUUUGUGCAUGCUACUAACAAAAAAGUGGAAUAUGAAUACUGUAACUUGUACAUGCUUUUAAUCUAUAAUAAAAAGAUAUGCACAUGUUAAA